AUGUCUACUAUUACAUUUGUUACUGGUAAUGCAAAUAAAUUAAAGGAAGUUAUUCAAAUUUUAUCCAAUUCUCAAGAUAUCACUUCUAGUGAAUCAAAUAAAGUUGGUAAAUUCAACAUUACCAAUAAAUCAAUUGAUCUUGAUGAAGUUCAAGGUACUAUUGAAGAAGUGACUAUUCAUAAAGCUAAAGCUGCUGCUGAAGCUAUAAAUGGACCGGUUUUAGUUGAAGAUACAUGUCUUGGAUUUAAGGCAUAUAAUUAUUUGCCUGGUCCUUAUAUUAAAUGGUUUCUUCAAUCUGUUGGUUUAGAUGGAUUGGUUAAAAUGUUGCAAGGUUUUGAAGAUAAACUGGCUCGUGCAAUUUGUACUUUUGGAUAUUGUGAAGGUCCAGGUAAAGAAGUUAAAAUUUUCCAAGGUAUUACUGAAGGUAAAAUUGUUCCAAGUAGAGGUCCAACUAAUUUUGGUUGGGAUUCUGUUUUUGAACCUGUUGGAUUUGAACAAACUUAUGCUGAAAUGGACAAAAGUGUCAAGAAUACCAUCAGUCAUAGAUUUAGAGCAUUAGAUAAAGUUAGAGACUUUUUAUUAUCCCAAUAA